AUAUGGCGCCGAAUAAGAUCAAUGAGUGCACGGAAUGAAAACAACUUUACUCAACGUUUUAUUCCGAAAAUUGCGAUUUCUUGGACAAAAUUUGAAGCUUGUUAAAGAUUAUGGCACGCAUUUGACUCAUAGCCUGCAAUGUUUUCCAAUAACUUUGUAAAAAUUGUGAACAGCUGAAUUCCACUACAAAUGAACAAGAAAUGACUCAAACAUGAGUGGUACAAUUGCCAAUAACGCAGAACCUGAUGUUGGUCUACAAUCUGAUAAAAUCCUUGAAUGGAAUGAAUCGGAGCCACCUGCUUCUUCAGAUGUGGCAAGUACCAAACAAGCGACUUCAAGCAAACCAUAUGGCUGCAGCCCAAGUGCUGCAAAGAAGGUUAAAAUAUCCACAGAGAGAACAGCCAAACAUAAAACUCAACUGAAACGAGAUGUUAUGGAAAAGAAGCCAAAUGUUGGAAAGACCAAGUCAUCUGAUUUUAAACCUGUUUCUACAGUGAACCCUUCCACUUCAAUGCAGUCCGGAGGCUUGCAUCCUGAAGACAGAGUCUCGAAAAUAAAACCAUCAUCCCAAACCUUACAAAAUAGAAAUGUAAAGCAAGAAGUUACACUCAGGAAACAAGGACUUUCUUGUGAGCAAAGCAGGAGAGCAAGACCACUCUCAACACAGUUCCCCCUAUCGUCCACCUCCCCAGCUGUUCUUCACCACCCUACAGCAAACACAGGGAGAGUAAAGAGCAGUAGCUUACAACAUAGCUGGCAUGGGAUGCCCUCAAGUGGAAGGCCCAGAAACAAAGGGGAUGAAAGGAGAGGACCAUAUGCACAGAAGCCUCCAAAGUCAUGGAAAAAGGGUGUCAAAAAGUCAUCACGCGUCGCUCAUUUGAAUUUUGAAGACGAAGAUUUUCAUUCAGAGGAUGAAUCCGAGAUUCUGGUCCUGUUUCCAAACGAGUCGCGAUUGUUGUUCGAUGCUCUGAGUUUGUGGUUGGAAAUGGCCGAGAAACGAUUGGAACUGAUAGGGAAAGAGUUUGACAAAAGCAGCUCUUUUGAGGAUGAUGAAUUUGUACAACGAACAAAGAAAACAUUCCAAGUAUUUAAAGAGGAGACUCGUCUUCAGGAGUUCAAACUGACGAUGAUUCAACAGACGUGCGACACAGCCAUUGGCAUUCCAGGCGAGGACUAUCGUGUAGCGAUACGCAAAUGGGAGGUGAUCAAGCGUAAGGUGACCAUCCAAGAACAGAGGCUGACAUUGGUGUCUCAGGGAAGCAGGAACCUAUCAAAAUUAUACUAUUGGUUAAACCAAGCCGAAGCAAUGCUGGAAAGUUACCAUUGUGUUCAGGAAAACGAGGGAAUUUCGUCUCUGAAGUAUCGUUUAGAACGGCACAAGGAGUUUUUCCAAAUGCUGGACGAGCAACGUCUUGUUGUGCAAGAACUGCGUCAGAGUGGAAUAGACGGUAAUGAGAGCAUCGAUGAAGGUCUAAUCUGGGAUGUCUCGCAACGAUUUCAGACGGUUGAGAGAAGUUCCCAAACGGCUGCGGAUAGACUGAGCGUGGAGUAUUAUAAGAACAAGGUGGGACAGUGCAUUGAAUUGUGCAAGGAACAACUCUUGGAUGAUAACAUCAAGUUUAGUUCUCAAUCACAAGCUGAGGAGACUUUUCAUGAUCAUUUGAAAUUCUUUCACGACAAGAAAUACAUCAAGAAGUUGAGUUCUUGCUGCAGGAGGCUGAAAGAUGCCGUCGAGAAAUGUCGAUCUUCAAUGACCGAGGAUGAACAAAGCGAUGUCGGUCAAUAUCUACAAACUGUCUCGAAGGAAUUUGAGGAGAUCCUGCAACGCAUGCAAACGGACGAACAGAAAUUGGAGAAUAUUCAUCGGUGUUGGAGCGAGUAUAAUCAUGCUGUGGAGUUGUCGUUACCCUGGCUUGUUGAAGCUGAGAGACUGCUGAAGGAGGGAGAUAUUGACGAAUGCAAGGAUUAUUUCGUGGACUUUGAAGACGCUCAACAAGAUGUAACGCAGGCAACGGACGCAGUGAAGUUUCUGAAACGUCAUUCAUGUGGUACAGUUGUUGUUACACUGGAACAACAAGUUGCGAUGUUGGAUCGACAGUUACGAAGGGUUACCAGACGCUACACAAGGCUUGUGAAGUCCAAGCACAGGGAUCCCAAGCUGGAUAAGUACGAAUGUUGUGUGGAUGAAAUCAUGGACUGGCUGGACCAAUCAGAAUUAGUUGUUGAUGAUGAGGUCAACAUUGGGAGAUUGGAACGACUAAAGGAGCAAGUUAACACUUGUGAGACCUUGUUGGAUGAGCUGAACAACAAUGUGAGCGGAGUUGAAAAUAUAAACGAGGCUGGGAAAACUCUUAUGAAGGAGGACAAGAACAUCGCAAGCUCGAUCAAAGGGACCAUUUUGAACGUUAAUCGCCGUUUUGAUAAACUGAAAACCACUUUACCACAGAAACACAAGAAAUUAAAGCAAGUUCAACGGCUCGUUCACAGUUUCACGUCCGGCCUGGAGGAGGUAGCAGCGUGGAGCAGUGGAACGGCUGAACUUUUGGAGCAAGAUCUUCAGUUUGAAAAUUUCGAGGAAGUUAAACGGUUACACGUUCAGUAUGAAACACAAAUGGCGGAUUACAAGAAGAAUGGGGAUAAGAUUGAAGCGAAGAAUAACGCUUGCUCACUGAUUGAAAAUAUCCUCGGGGAGGAAGGCUUGGAAAGUUAUAAAGAAGAGAUCAAGGGGAUCCACGAACGAUGGAAAUUUGUCGAGGAACAUGCAGAGACACAGCACGCAAGAGUCAGUCACGUGUUUAUCACGUGGAAGAGAUUCGAGGAUGAUUUAGAGAGGUUGAGAGAAAUCUCGCAGUCUACCGAUGAGGAUGAAAAUAGUCAAACAGAUGGGGAGAACCUUUGCCGAGAGAUCUUGCAGUGUAGAGAUGAACUCUGUUCGAUUGUUGGGAGUGAAUUUGGCGCGAAGACUGUGGAGGAGGACGCGGUUACCGCAGUAGAAGAGUGGAAACGAGCCAGUAGAAGUCGCAAAGCCCUGGUAUUUGAGAGAGAGACAGAAUGUAUUAGAGAGCAGGUUUUCAACGCUCUUGAAAACGCGAGCUGCGACUUUGUAUCUCAACUGGGUGAUAUUGAUGAUGGUGUUGAUGUUGAAGAAAUAUACGAGAAUACAUUCUCUUCAGUGGGCCUUCAGGCGAGAAUUAAUGAAUUUGACAUUCAUAUGAAUAAGCAUGGAGAAAAAGCCCAAGGUGAGAUGAAGGAGUGUUUUGAUGAGGUGAUGACACGAUGGCAGACGGUCAGGGAAGAACUGCUCUCAGAGGAAGCGAAAUAUGUAAAGGUGAAGGAGGAUCUUGUGGGAUUUCUUAUGGUAGAAAGUGAACUAAGUGCAUGGAUAAGGAAAGCAGAGGAUGCUUGUGAACAGAUGAAGGAUAUCAGGCAAGAUGAAGAUAGUGAAGAAAUAUUUGAAACUUUCGAGGCCGUCUCUCGAGAACUGGAAGGCAAAACACGACUAGUUGAAGAUGUCGCCAUCCACAAAGACAGGAUCAUAGCAAUCCUGCAAAUUCCGAUCCUAGAACAACGAUACGAAGUGUUAGUCGAACGUACGUCAAGGAUUAGAACUGAACUGGAAACAACCAGAAAACAAGUUCCAGUUCUCAAGCAAUACUGUAUCCAUCGAAACACAAGCAAAGGGCUUGUCAACUGGCUCAAUGAACUCGAUUCAGUGUUUCAAGAGCCUUUUACUAUAGACAGUCUUGAAAACGCCGAGCGUGAAAUAGAAGCACAUUAUAAAACGAAGGCCGCGAUACUGGAUAAUUCACACCGUGUGGAAGACACUUUAGAAAAUGCAAAAGCACUUGAAGAUACUGGAAGACUUUCUGAAGCUGAUGUGAAAGGUAGUGUCUUGGAAGCGUCGUGGAAUUGCGUACAGGCAUCGGUUAUCGCACGGACGGCGAAGCUGGAACAGUGCGUGGGUUUGUGGACCUCUUAUGAGGAGAAUAUGCUGGAUGUUAUGAGUUGUUUAACCAAAGGAGAAAUGUUGUUGGCUGAAGUGAAGUCGAAUAAAGAGAACAAGAAAGAUGCUUUGAAAGAUUUGCUCGAGAAAGUUGAGGUGGAAAAAACUAAACUUCAGGAGACAGCUGAAAUGUUGAGCGAGAUGGCUUCGACCGUAAAGGAACUGCAAACAACGGCAACAUCAUCUGGGGCAGCUCUGCUGGAAACGAAGUUAAAUGAUAACACGCGUCUGCAUGGAUUUCUCCUGGAAGAGAUGGCAACUCAUUCCGAGUUGUUGAAGCAGAAAAACGAAAAAUGGGACAAUCUGAAUGCGCGCAUUGACGAUCUUGCGUCUUGGAUGGACAAUACUGAAGAAAAGCUGGAGUUGAUCCAAGAAAAUGAGAAAUUUGAUGGGCAUUGCUUGAAUGAUAUAAAGGAAAUCUCUACCGCUGUUCUACAUCGUCGUCAGAGUGUAGAGAACCUAACCGAAGACGGCUACGAUAUUCUGGAUGGAUGUAUUGAUGUUGACAGCAUGGAAACCAAGAAGCGUUUGGUAGACUUACGUCAAAGAUGGGAUGCCUUGUAUCAAACAACCAUGGAACAAGAAAUUAAGACUGAAGUUGGACUGAAACCUUUAAAAGAGUUUGAGAUGGCUUGUAAAGAGUUUGAGAAAUGGCUUGAAAAUGUCGAAGAGAAUCUCGAAUGUCAGAUUGUUGAUGUUGGAAGUACUAAGGAAUUGAUUCAACAAAUUGAAUCAUGUCAGGCUGUAGCCAACGACCUUGCAAAGCACACGAAGCAUUUGGAAGAUUUGAUCUGGCGAGGAUCUCAGAUUUCAACAAGCGGCAAACUGUUUUCGCACAGCGAGCUGAAGACGAAAUUAAAGGUGUUAGAUGAGAGGUGGAAGACGUGUCAAAGGAUAGUCGAAGAACGUUUGAUGGCGCUGCGAUCUGUGCAGUGUAUCUUGGCUGAGAAAGAAAUGAGAUUUGUUGAAGUUUUUUCUAAAUUGGAUGAAACUUGGAAAUGUGUCGAAGAGGAGCAAAUGUCGAAGGAUAGAAGUAUGGAGGUUUUGGAGAAAUUUUCAAGUGUUUAUGAGAAUGCCGAAAGAGAAAUGAGCAAACUCGAGCAAGUGCUACCGUCUACCGUCAGUGCUUUGAGAGAAUUGAGCCAGCGGUAUGAUAUCAUUGAUGCCGAGAAACUUGAUAAACAUUGCCACGAACUGGAGUCAAAAUGGCGGGAAAUUCAAACAGUCUUACCACAGCGAGUUACGAUCGUUCAAAAGGAAAUUGACACUUGGAUACAAUUUAAUGAAAAGUUGGAGGAAUUUUCAUCAUGGUUGGAUGAAGUCAAGGAAUUGUGCGAAGAAUGGAAGAUGCAGGAGAACUCAGGUGUUUUGAUCCAAAAUCUUGAAAAUCUGCAAGCUAGCUUUCGGGAACGACAGAACUCCUUUGAAGCUCUGGUUGAAGAAAGUCGUCUACUCCGUGAGGGUAUCUCCGAUGAAACAGAACUCGAAAAGUUGAACGCCACCUUAACUCAGCUUACUGAAUGCUGGGACGAGUACUCACGCUGGGCCGCUGGACGAUAUCAAUUAACUGUACUGUCAAAUCAUUAUCAAAAAUCUUCCAAGGCUGUGGUUAAAUAUCUUGAUCAAAUACAAAGCAAGAUGAACACGAUUGAGAUCCCGAAGAAUGUUGCGGAGAAGAUUAACGAAGAGAGCGAGAAAGCGAAGGUUUUGGUGCAAGAUUGGAGUGAAAAAUGUCAGGACCUGGACGUUGUUGUCGAAGAUGGCCAUCUUGUGUUGCAGCAAAAAUCUCAAGGUGGAAGUCUCGCUUUCGACGAAGAAUUGAAAAGUCUCGACGACAAGUGGAAAGAGGUUUUUCGCCAAGUAGAAACGCAGAAACAUGAAGUUGAGGUAACGGCGAGGAAGUGGUGGGAUUUCACCAGGAAUAAGAUGAAAAUGAUGCGAUGGUUGCAUCGCAAGGAAAACGAUGCUGGUCUGAGGGAACCGUUGGCUUGCAUUGUGGAGAAUCCGCAAGAACAGCUGGAUAACUAUGAGAAUAUCCUCGAACGCAUUAAUGUCCGUAAAUCAGACUUGCAAAUGUUAAACGACGCUGCAUCUAGUAUCUUGGCAACUGACGAUGACGAGGAACUAAGCGAGUUCGUAAAAACGGUCAACGAACGUUUCAACAAUUUAGAAGUUGAAGUCGCAAAGAAGAGAGAUUUCUUUGGUGAUUUAGUCAAACGCUGGAACAAAUUCUCGGACAAAAAGAGACGCGUUUCGGAGCUAUUUCGUGGCACAAGUUUUCUCAUUGCGAGAAAGCAAAUUAACAGCACAGAAGAGGUUAAACAACAGCUUGUGCAAUGCCAAGAAGCCAUCGUGCAAUUGCAGAAUAACGAAGAGAAUUUGAACGAAAUAACUGUUGAAGGAGAGAAUUUAAUAACAGAGCUUCGAAACGAAGGAAUGAAUGUGGAUAAAGUGGAACACGAGCUGCAUACGGUGAUAAGCAGGUACAAUGAGGUAAAAGACUGUGCUAUCAGGAAAGAAGAAGUCUUGCAACACGUCUCAAAAGAGAUGGAAAAAAUCGAUGAAGGAAAAAUGGAAUUAGAAACUUGGCUAACAAACGUUCAUCAGCAACUGAACUCAGUAGAAGAAGACGAGGCUUUGGCUAAAACCAUUCAGCAUGAGGUGCGUGCAAAACGUUCGCUUAUCCGCUCUGUAAGUGCUCAAGUGUUAAAACUCCAAGCAAGCUCGAACGAAGAAGCUGAAGUGAACCUCACGGGUAUGCUACAACCAUUACACGUCCAAUGGAGAAGUCUUCAAGAUCUCGUCAACCCGUCCAACCCUUCGACAAAAGCCGACGAAAGCGUCCCUUCGAGGUGGGAGUCGUAUUCUCAAGAUGAUCUCGGCAGUUUGGAUGCAUUCUCGGAAUGCCUGGGACUGAGCCGUGAUGACGUCAUGGGGUCUGGGGAGGUGUACGAGGAUGCUUCAAGCAGUCUCGAUAACUGGAUAAACAGUUUGAACGAAUUUCGCGAAUGUCUGCACGAGUAUGUUUAUAGCCCCGAGGAUGCGCUGUUUGAGGUCGAGCAGAAGUUGAAGAUUGUUCAAAAGAAUUUACACGAGGAACUGACAAGUUAUAUGUCUGAGUUUGAAGAAGAACGGGCCAGCUAUGAAACCUCUGCUGACGACACUGACGAAGGCUUGACGACGGAGAAUGGAAACAAAAUGCAAGAAAUAGAGUGUCUUUUGGACACCAUCGCAAAUGAGUUGGAAAGAAUUGAACUUGAAUUGCAAACAGUUUACGACUACCACCAGGAUUACGAUAACGCUGUUCAUGAUUGGUCUGCCUGGUUCGAUGAAGCUAAAAUCAAACUCAAUGAUUGUGAGGGAGAAACUGGUGGAAGCAUUGAUCAGAAACAUCGUGUCAUUCAGGCACUCUUGGAUGAGAUGGACCAGGUGGAUCUGAUCAGUGAGGUAUACGCAAAAGGGGAAGCAUUACUGCAGACUGUGUCAGACCCAAUAAAGUCGAAACUUGAGAACCAGUUGGCCGAUUUUGAAAAUAAUUGGGCAGAGUUCUGCGCUGCUGUCACUGAUUGUAGUAACAAAGUUAAGGAAGAAGUUCAGAAGCAAAAGAGAUCACCUGAGUUUGAACAAUUUGAAGGAGAUCUUGGGAGGAUUAUCCAAAAACUAAAGCAUUUUGAAAGUUUGUUAAAUAGUGAAACUCCUGAGUUUAAUAAUUUGGACGAUGUCUCUCAGACGUUGAUUGAAAUUCAGGAUAUAUAUCAAAGUUUAGAAAAAGAAAGAUCAGAAUAUGAAGAGCUCAAGAAAGGAAGUUCUGGGUCGUUUCAAGAUUCCGAUCAAGUCAAUGUUGUGGAAGUUCUUUUUGACAGAGUUCUAGAACAAGCUGUGGAAAGACAACAGUUGUUGGAACGAACAGCGAUAGAAAUGCAAGAUUUGGCCUCAGGCAUUGAAAAUAUGUGGGAAGUUGUCGGUGAGGUCGAGGGGAUGUUAUCUUCAAGCAAGGUGGCUUUGAGUGACGAGGAGUUGAAAAAGAAUAUUGAGCUUUGUCAGAGUAGUAUAGCCGUUCUUGAAUCGCAAAAGGAAUUGAUGGAAAUCUUGAAGAAAAAAGAAACGACGCUUCUGACAUCGGAUGAUUCGGAGAACAAAAGUGGCGAAACUGGCAAGCUGCAGGAGUUGGUGGACAAGUGGAGUAAAGUCUUUGAGAUGACAAAUGAAAGAAAAGAAAUGCUUUUGAAGGAAAUUGAGACACGCAAAUCCAGGCAGAAAACGUUGGAUGGGUGUGUUGUGACACUGAACAGAACACAAGAGUUGGUAGGAAGAACUGGUCGCGAGCAAUGGUCGAUUGAUGAAAUUGAAAGUAUAAAGGCAGCUUUGAUCGAGAUUGAGUUGUGUGAAGCAACCAUCGUGCGCAUUCAGGCCGAGAUAGGCUCAGACCUUGAAGACCCAUCAAGUUCGUCAAAAAAUUCCCAGGGCAAAAUUGUCACCUUGUUGUCGGAAUGUAAGACAACCAAAACGUGCCUUUCGAACAGGCUAGCGAAACUUGAAGCCACUUUGAAACAGGAGAGUGACUUCAGUUCCGAAGUUUCCAAGGUCUUAGAGUGGAUAGAAUCUACAGAGAGUGUCUUAGUUGUAAAUUUCUAUAGCCUGACAGAAGAUGAACGUCACAAGGCCGCAUUGGAACAGGAAUCGCUUGCGAAAGAGUUUUCUGUGAAAAAAGAAGCCGUUGCAAAGUUGUUAAGACUUAGAAAUGAAUCAAUUCACUCAGAGGAAUUUGAGAGAUACAUCGCGGGUAAAAUAGUGGAGUUGUCUGAGAAAUGGGCAGGUCUUGAACGAGCAUUUGCCAGCCAAGAGGAGCAUGUCGAAGAAUGUUUACGUCAGCACCAGGUAUAUUACGACACGGUCGAGCAACUGUGGGACUGGAUGCAAGGUGUUGGAAAAAGGAUGAACAUUCAGAUGGAACAAUCGGAAACGAUGCUGGAUUAUGAACAAGAGCUCGUUGAAUACUUGGGUAUGCUUAGGGAGAUGAAGUCGAAAUCAUUGUUACUAGAUGAAGUAUUGAACGCCGGUGAAAGCUUGUCGGCUCGGCUCGCGGAAAGCGAACGUAGUGAGAUUCAGGAACAGUUGGAACGGUUGAAAUCCGAGUGGGAAAUGUUGAGAAGCCAAGUUGUUGGAAGGUUGAAGGAAUUGAGUGAAAUUAUGGGAACAGAUGCUUUGUUGAAUGUUGCCCAAGGCGAUAAAGAAACAUUGCUGGAAUUAAAGUCUUUAGGAAUAUUAGUGGAACCGUGUGAUCGUCAAGGAUCGACUGCUGAGAAGAAUCCUGAAAAAAUCAAACUGAUUCAGAAUGAAGAAAAUAACCCUGCUGUUUAUAAUACGAAUGAUAAUCCUGAGGGGACAUGUUUAGUUCAAGAAGAUGGACAGCCAGAAGGUUUGGUUGAAAUGUCAGUUCUUCCAACUAAUAAGAACAUCAGUAACUCACCAAAAGAGGUCAAUAUGAAAAGCGAAAAGUACCCACAAAGAUCUGUUGACGUUGCAGCUGAUAUUAACAGGAAUACAAUUAAAUCUUGUGACAAGAACUUGGCUACUGACACGGUUGAGGGUAGUGGCUAUCGUAAACUACCCGACUCUGAACCUUUGUAUGCAUCAGAAAGGAAUCAACAGAGUUUUGUUCAAUCUGUUCCUUCUGUGAACUAUCUGAGUAAUGAAAAUAUCUUGAUUGGUGGCUGUAGUGAACCUAGUGACCAUGAAAUGUCACAAGAAGGUGCAAAAGACCAGGUUGAAUCCUUUAUGAAUCGGAUAAAAGAUUCAGAGCAAUUUCUGGAUCUGAUAGAGACCAGAGUUCUAGAGUUGAACAACGACAAGGAAAGUCUAGAAGUCGAAGAGCUUUUAGCAGAGUUUUGUCGUCGAGACCAAGAUUUUGAGAACGUUUUAGAAACUGGUAUGGGUUUGGUUCGUGAUAUCUCAGAGGAUGAAAAGUUUGGUGUGGAAGAAAAGAUUGUGGUGGUUGAAGGUCGAUGGAACGACCUAAAAGAAGAGCUUGUGAAACGCAAAACAACAAAUGAAACAGUUUCCAUGCUUGAGAAUCGUCUCGAGAAGUUUGAGAAAUUUGUUGAAGAGGUAUCUGAGUUUGUGUCUGGUAAAGAUGCUAAUACUGAGUGGUUAUUCACGGACGAAGAGGCUGGUUGUAUUGUUGACUGUUACCUGGGUAGGCUUGAACGUGAACAGGUCGCUUUGAAAGGUUUGAUUGAAGGAACGAAGCACAUUCUGUCCAAUGCUGCUGGUGAGAGUAUCGAGGAACAGUUAAAUCAGGUUUCUAAGACACAAAUGGAGCUUGCAAAUAAUUUACUCGAGAAGAAAGCAAUGGUAGAACGGUGGGUUGAAUUUUCCCUGUCUCUUGAAGGCGUUGAGUGCGAAGUGGAAGCACUUACUGCUGAAUUCGAAGAUCUCGUGAAAGAGGAAGACACUGAAUUCAUAAUGGAGAGACAUCUUAGCGAGAGUCGUGUGCAUAUGUUGAAGAUACUCCUAGGAAGUCUAGUGGGAAAACAAAACAAACUUCGUGAAUUGUCCGCUGAGUAUAAAGAUGUGCUCAGUUUAAGUAAAGAUUGUGAUGAAAAGGUGAAAGAACAUGAGACAACUAUUUCUAAGAAAAUAGAACUUGUUUCAGAGAAACUCGAAAAGCUAGAGCGUUAUCUAGAUAGCUUUAAAGAACUCGAGUUUGAAACAAAUGAACUACAAGUUAAAGUAAAAGAAGCUGACAAAGCCUUGACGACGUUUGGCCAAUCCACGUGUACUGAAGUUCGCUCAAGAACUACUCCACUCGAGCAACUUUCCGAAAUCAUGCAUUUGGAGGAAAAUAUAUUGAAACUCGAACCGCGCGUUAAGUUAGUAAAAGAGAAGAGUUUGGAACGGUUAGAUCAGCUGGAUUAUGAGAAUUCUGGUUACUGGUUUCAAGAAAAUAUCAAGUGUUUGGUGGCGAGCUACGAGAGAGCAAGAACGCGCGUCAGAAAGAACGUAAAAUCGAUUGAAAGCCGUGUUUCACUGAAGGAUAAGUUCGAUUUGAAGUUCCUGGAAAUCUCAGCGUUCCUAGACAAGGUUGAGGAGUAUUUAAAUGAAGAUGAAGAGAUUCCAGGAAACUUUGAUGUGACUGCGAAGGAGGUUGCUCUCGUAAGUGGAAGAAGGUUUUUAGAAGAGAUGGAACUGAAGGAAGAUUGUUUGCGUGAGUUGGUGGAGAUGAGUGAAAGCGUGAGUAAUGAAGAUGAGGAUGAAAGAGAUGUAUUGCAGUUGAGGGAGAGGUUUAAUAUCAGACUCAAAGAGCUGAAGAGGAAUGUAGACUGCCUGGAUGUGACAUUGCAGUGUUACAAUGACUUUGAGGAGAAAGUUGAAGAAUUGUCUUCGCUCAUGUACGAAGUACAGGGCUUUCUCUAUGGCGAAGGUGUUGAAACAAGAGGACUGGAAGAUCUGUUGGAACUGGGAAGGUCUUGCUUGGAGAACGUCGAAAACAAGGAAGGAACUUUGAUAGAAUUAAAGAACAGAGUUGAGAGGCUGACUGAAAGUUUUCGUGAGGAGGAGAAGGAAGUUAUCAUCGCAGAAUUGGGAAGUCUGGAAGAGAAGUUGGCUUUUUUAAAAGCGACUGUUUUGCAGAGGAUGGAAUGUCUUGAGGCUCUUGCGUCGCGACACGAUGUGUACAAGAACGAGCUGAAGGAAGUUAAGAAAUGUAUUUCAUCUUUGGAACAGGAAACAGAGACAAGGGAUGGUUUGGUGCCUAAAAAGGUAAAUGAAAAUGUAGACCCCGUAAGCCUUCAACGAAAUGGAAAAUCCGACAGCGUUUUAACAGUGAAACAAGCAGAAGAAAGUUGGUUGGAAAAACUCGAGGCUUUCCGAGCACGGCUUCAAAAUUUGGACAAGAUGAAGACGGAAUUACUUGAGGAGACCCAGGAGAGUAAUAUCGACCUUGGCGGCGCCUCGCUGGGGCUUGAACCACUCGAACUGACUGUUGCAGAUCUUGAAAGAAUCAACGAAAAGAAAAUUAAAGAACUUAGAGAACAUGAAGAACAACAGGAAAUGAUUUCAAGAAAGGUGUCGGAGUUUGAGGAAGAAUUAGGACGACUUAGGAAUGAAGUUGAAGAGAAUAAAGUUUGUCCGAUCAUCGUCGAAGAAACGAUGACAAAAACCAAAGUAUUGCUACAAGAAGUUGACACUACUUUGGCAAGCGUUGCUCCAAAACAGAGAUACUCCGUUGAAAGUAUUCAGUUGAUUGAGCGAUUGGAAAAUAUUCGAGAUAAUUGCAUAGAAAUUAAGAAGCACCUGAUUCGAGUUGAUCCGAGUAUUGCGCGAUUAAGUGGAGAUCAAAUAAGCAGUGAACGCGGGUGUCAAGUUUUGACUGUCGUAACUGAAAAAGAUGGACAGCAAGACAUUGCUGGAGAUGAGGUAAUUCCUGAAGACAUCCAACUGACCGCUAACGUUCCCCAAAGUGAUAUUUCCAAUGUCAUAACUACUGACGAGACUGAUGAAGAUACAACUUUUGAAGAAGAGGGUGAAUGUCUACAACCAAAUAACUCGAUUGAAGAUAAAUCUGAUGAAAAUAUCAAACACUUACCGUCGGAGAAACUGAUCCAACAACCCAAAGUGAAGAUUGAAAGCGUUGCUUUUGAGAUCUUGCAAAGCGAAGUCGAGUCCUUGGCCAACGACGAGGAGGUCAUGGAAAUUAUAAUUUCAAACUCUGAACAAACGACUGGAAAUUUACAUGAAGAACUUGAAGCGGCACAAGCAAAGCUUGAAUUACUUCAACAGAAAGAACAACAACUGCAGAGCAUUAGUUCACAAGCUGAAGGCAUGUGGGCAACUAUUCCAUCCGAGGGACAGAAAAUAUGUCAGGAGAAUAUCGUCGAAAUUGAGGAGAAGCUUUCGACUGCAAAAGAAUGUUUGUUUACGCGGAUCAAGAUGCUUCAACAGUGUGCACAGACAAAGGAAAUGCUGGAGCAAAAUAUAUUAGAAUGCCACGAAGUAUUAGACGCUGUAGGUAAAUUACGUGAGCCAGCAAUGGUUAGGGAAUUUCUUGAAGUGCUCAGAGAUCCAAACAGUUGCCUCGAGAAUGCAACCAGGUUGUCUUUUGCUUUGAGUGUUGUCGGUGGUAUUGAAGAGGAAGAAUGCUUUCGCAAGGAUCUUGAUGAUCUGCGUGAGAGAUGGGAUAAUGCCAUGAAAGAUUUAGAACAACGAAUAAGCGGGGAGGUUGGGAUGGAAUUGGAAAGCAAGAGUAGCAAAUACAUAAGUGAAAAAGGAGUAGAUUUAAAACAGGAUCCUCCAGGAGAACUUGUAAAAGAAGUUACUGACAUGGAAUGUCCAAGCGAAGGAGUUUCUUUGAUGUUGAGUGAAUACAAGGACAGUGUUGUUGAACUGGAAAGGGAGAUUGAUGCGGAUUCGUUGGAAGAUGCGGCAGAAAUAGAAAAUCUAGUCGCUGAUCAGGAAUCAGGAGAAGUGGAUGAUGGCACAUCAAUGGUAAAUGGUCUUAACGAAAAGGAUGAAGAAGAUGGAAGAUAUACGAGAUCAGAAGAAGCUGUAAUACAACCGCAACUUAAAGAGGUUGUCGGGCCUGAAAAUGUAAUAGAGAAAAGGUCUUCAUCAUUCAAUGAACACAAGGGGAGUGGUUUUGAAGAGGGUGAAAUCGAUGUUUAUUUCAAAGAAGGUGCAGCAGAGCAGCGAGUAGUGGAGGUGGCUGAGCUGAAUACUCUCUCAACGUUAGAGGAAGAGAAAGCCAAAGAUAUCAAAGAUGAAAGUGAAAGUGUCGUGAUUUCUGAAGUAGCUUUAGCAGAACAGCAAGUGACAGACAGUUCAAUGUUGAACAAACACAAUGAUUUUGAUUCGAGACAUGAGGGUGGAAAUGACAUAGGCUUAGAAGACGAUAUAACUGAACCUGCGAACGAAGGUUGUGAGACGGAAGAAGUUAGGUCCGAUAUAAAUCUUAGACAAGAGGUUUCAGGUAAAAAUCUUACCCAAGGAGAUAGUUUAGAGAAUGUUACCUUUGAUGAAAACACCAGCGAAAGCUUUACUCGAAACGAUAAUGACCAAGACGAGACCGCCAAGGAUAGAUUUACACAAGAGGAUAUUGUUGAACAUGGAAUCAACGACAAGAGGUUAGGUUUAGUUGUCAAAGACGAAGCUGGACUAUCUGACCUGAGUCGAGGUCGUAUUCCACAACAAGGGACUGGACAAGAGAUAGUAACACCGGAAGUUGUUACCCAGGAUGAAUAUACCUAUAAAGAAAGUAAAACUCAGAGUGAACGUAUCUCGGAGGAAUUGUCUCAGAAUAAUAUUACUUUACUAAAUGUUUCCCAAAGAGAAAUUCGCCAUGAACUUCAUGUCACUCAAGACAAAGCAAUCCAGGACGAAGUCGCUGAGAAAGAAAUAGACAAAGGAAUGACAAACGAGAAAAAUGAAGCUGUUGGGAGAAGCGAUAUCGUGGAUGAUGUCACCCUCGGUGAAAACAUACAAGAACGUGUUACGCGAGGAGAAAUGGCUCCAGUGGAAAGUAUUCAGCUAAAGAGUGAUCAAGGAGAGUUCAUCCAAGGUGAGGAGUCCCGGGAUAUCAUUCUCAGACAGGAAGAGACGCUCGAUUUAAUUCGCUCACGGGUUCCGCAGCAAAAUUUCGACUACGGAAGAAAACGCACGAGUAAAGUUGCAGAUGAAGAGAACAUUCAAAAUCAAUCAUUCAGAAUCAUUGACGCUGGAGUUGUUGAACAAGAUACCCAGGAUGAAAUUGCUCAGGUUUCAGUUUCCCAAGCCGAGAUGAUUGCAGACAACAACGUCCAAAGCAAACCCAUAACAGAUUCAAACCAUAUGCUGGGAACUGAUAGACAGAUCACCCAAAAACAACCUGCCCUAGAUGAUGUUUCUGAUAUCGAAGGUCGGCAAAAUAAUUUCAACGAAACAGGUUGUCUCUCUCCUCGCGCGAUUGUUGACAGCAAGAUACAGGAUGGCAAGAUACAGCAUGACAAGAUACAGGAUGACAAGAUACAGGAUGACAAAAUACAGGAUGACAAGAUACAGGAUGACGAGAUACAGGAUGGCAAAAUACAGGAUGACAAGAUACAGGAUGACAAGAUACAGGAUGACAAGAUACAGGAUGACAAGAUACAGGAUAACAAGAUACAGGAUAACAAGAUACAGGAUGACAAGAUACAGGAUGACAAGAUACAGGAUAGCAAGAUACAGGAUGAUAAGAUACAGGAUGGCAAGAUACAGGAUGAUAAGAUACAGGAUGACAAGAUGGAGGAUGACAAGAUACAGGAUGACAAGAUUUGCAUUGAAAAAACAAAAGGGCCUUCAAAUGACUAUGAGAAAGUUGUCGAACUAGACUUCAAAGAUUUUACAAUUCCUUCAUUCUUUGUAGCAAGUCAGAAAGAUACUCUUCAGGAAACGAAAGCUUUGAAACUAGAAGAAGCUUUGGACACGAUAAGCAAAGUUAGCAGUGAACUAGCAAUGAUUGAAAAUGUCAGCCGCAUUAAAAAAAUGUCACCAGAAAAUUUGCUUGAGUAUGAACGGAAGUCUUUAAAUGAACUUCGAAGUAUUGGAAAGAAAAUCGAGGCAGUAGCGUCUGAGGAAUUUAACUUGGAUUCGGUUGAGAUGGAUAAGAAAACUCUCCUGAAUAAUCUUGUUCGGGAACAGCAACAGGAGUUGGCGAGAGUUCGCGAGGUUUUAAAUAAUCGUGUGAGAAAAAUUGAAAGAUUUUUCGAAAUGAAAUCGACGAUGAAGGAUAAAAUUGAAGGUAUGAAUGUAGUUCUUGACGAAGCAAUACUCCUGGAAGAAGACGAUUGUGAUUCUAGGGAACAGCAAGCUGAGAAGAUGACGAGGAUAUUGAUCGGAGGUGAUGAUCUUGCUGAAGAAUUUGUUGAUUGUAUGGCGUCCUUAACAAGCGAUUAUCCAUCGUUGGAUUUAAGUUACGCGGGGCAAAUACACGAGCGAUACCAAGCGAGAAAAUCUGAGCUCACGAGGAUGUUAGAUGUGGCGAAAAAACAACUUGAAGAAAAAGAAGAUCUGGAGGAUAAAAUAGACCUUUGUUCACAAUGGUUGGUUGAAAACGAGAAAGAUAUUUUGAAAGGAAAGAUUAACGAUACAGAUGUUGAUGUUCUUGAAAAAGCUAUCAAUGAUUUGGACGAGUUUCUGGUAAUUUUAGAUGGAAAAAUUGAAUAUUUUCAUUCGUAUGCCACAAGCGAACGGGUAUUUCUGGAUAAUUUACCAACACAAGAAAAGGACGCGUUGUUGACGAAGGUGAAUAACUUGGAAAAACGUUUAGCAGAAACUCGAGGACUUGUUUUAAAGAGAAUAGAAGAUGUAAAAAUCAAGGUUGAUAUUGUAAGGCAUAGGAAUACGGCAGAUGCUUGUCAGAUAUGGCAAGAAAAGGCGAAAGAUGCUUUAAAUUCUUCUGGUAAAAGCUCAGAAUGUGUUUUUACCGAACUCUCAGACUUGGUGAGUGAGGGUGAAGUAUUGAUCGAGAAUGUGAAGUCUUUGCGACAGCGUUCAGUUGAAGACCAGGAGCUGGUUGAAUCUGCAAAAGAAGUUCUUCAAACAGCAAAAGAAGUGAUGGAGACUAUUUCUAGAAAAGAAGAAGCGAUAAAACAGCUCUCGUUCGAGGUUUCAGAACUCGAGAGUCGCAUUCUUGUUUGCUUUGAGCGAAAUGAGAACACUGACGAAAUUGAGAUUUUGAAGUUCGAGGAGGAAAUCGAAAAUGCUCGCGAAAGGCUUCAAAAUAUUUCCAACCAAAUAAAAUCAGGAACUCCUGACCUUGAAGCGUUUCCUGCUAAUCCAAGAGAGAAUGAAUUACUUCAGAGAAGCGAAGAUCUUUUGAAUGAAAUCAAAGAAAGGAAUGACAGGCAUUUGUUGGAGGAGAAUCUAGAAGACUGCAAGAAAACCUUGGAGAAAGUUGAGGAUAUUUGCAACAUGCCAGUGACGUUUUGUUUGGACGUUUUCAAGAUGAAAAAGGAUUUAGCUGAAAUGGGAAAAAUUUCACUUGAGUUGAAAGAUAAAGAAGCGAAAUUACAAAAGGUACAACCAUUAGGUAAUGAACGAGUGGCUGAGGUGUUUACAAGCUUGCAGAAACGUGGCGAGGAACUGGAAAUGAGGGAAGAGAAGAUGGCUGAGUUUCUCUCAACCUUACGUCAUGUGUUGAGGUCUAUCCAAGAACUAAAACGCAUCACUCCGGAUGAGAAUGGAAACGAUUGCGACAAUGAGGAAAAAAGCAAAAACCUGAAAGAAAAAAUCUCUCAAGUUGAUCGUGUUAAACAGAGAGUUGAUCAGUUAUGUUCGCUACCUCAGGAGGAGAAGGAUGUUUUACAUAAACAAAUAAACGCGUUGGAAAGCGACAUUAAAUUCAAAAUGGAACAGCUUGAAAAUGGAAAGAGAUCUGAAGGGUUCGGUCGUAGACUUGAAAAUGUGAGAGAUAAGAUCGCAGAAAUAGAAGAAAGGUUGAAUGAAUUUGGAAAUGACAGAAAGGCGUUUAGUGACCAAUUCGCGCUUGUCUCGGAAGAGGUUGGCAAGAUCGUAGAGGAAGGGGAAUUGUUAGUAUCUAGCGGCAACACAGACGCCGAUGGUCAGCUAUCAGCGAAGCUUCAAGAUGUCAGAAGACGUUUUUUACGGAUACAAGAGCUGGUGGAGAAACAGGACGAUUGUUUUGAAAGAUUCGAGGACGCCGUCGCGGAGUACAAGCAGAAAUUCGAGGCAGUCAAAUGCAGGAUAUCGCUGUCCGGUUUCCAGCAGCAGACCGGAGUCUCGCGUGCCUUUGUUGAGGAGAAAAAUGAACUAACUUUGCUUGAUGAAAAUUUCCGAACGCUACAAGCCCUUGGUAGAGAAAUUAGAUCGUCUGUUUCAGAAGAGCAAAAGAACAGAAUAGAUCUGUUGCUGAGCGAGCUUGGAACUUCGUUAAAGAUGGUAAAGGCCAGGAUAUCUGGGGAGUUAGUGGAUGAAAAUGAACAUGUAGGGGGAACGAGGGAUACUAAGGUUUUCGGUAAGGAUAUUAGUCACGCUGUGAGGACAGGGGAGGAUCGCAUGAUCGGUGCCAUGCGGCUAAGUGAUGAUAGCGAUGUGGAUAAUGAGGAACAUCGUGUGUUGGCAGGUAGUAGUGAUGGAUCACAAUAUGGAUCAGACAGUGGUAUGGGGGACUCUCUUAUGAAUACUUUCGCCAGUGAGGUCACUGACGGACCUAGUAAGACACCCACAGUGUCGCCAGUCCAUAAAGAAGGAUGCUCUGAGGCAUGUGGAAGUGUGGAUACUGUAUGUGAGGAUUCUCCUGUGAACAAGAGCAGGAUAACAGAGCAAUUUGCUCAAGCUAGGUCUGGAAAGUACAGUGAAGGCAGACAAGAUAACCCCACACGGACAUCGCAGGAUAUCGAUCUUAUAGGCCAGGUAGAGAUUUUGGGUAGUAUUGAUGAAGUCUCGCCCAGUGACGCGCCAGGAAUACCAAGAAAGAACGUCGAUGACGGGAAAUUUGUACUAAAAGACAUCACUCAGAAUGUACCUCCGGUAAGCGACGGUGACACGACUGUUCCGAGUUCAGAUCUCCCGAGGGACGGUAAUCUGAUGAAAAUUGAUGAAGAUUCUGAUAACGGUUCCUUAGAAUAUCUUGUUCAAGAUAACCUGUUCAAGAUGAUUCCUGGAAAAGAUUCGCAAACGCAGAAUGACAUUAGGCUGGAUAACUUAGAUGCUGAAACAGUACAGCUCGAAAACACAGAUCAGGCAAGCUCUGAUUCACGUCCGUUCAUUCCAGUAGGAUUCUUAGAACCAGAACCUAUUACCUUCGACAAUACUCAGGAGGCGUCCUCCCUCCCGGAUUUUAAGCCCUCCGAUCAAACACCCUACGAGAUGAAAAUCUCGAGACAUUCACUUCAUGACAUAUCACCCUCGGAACAAACUGCCUCGGAAGAUUCCCUCUCUGUGCAAACAUCCUCGGAAGAUUCCUCCCCGCAGAAAUCCCCCCAGAAAUCUCGAGUUCACGAUAUCGACGAAGAGCUACUGUUGCGAAAUCGUGCAAUCCAGGAUCUCCAGCCUGAUGAAGAGUUGAGAGAGGGGCAGAACUUGGAGACGGAGUACCCCCUUGUCUCCUCUGCCCCUCCUCCCAUGAAGACCGUUGAGGAAUUCGUAGAAGAACCUGAUGAGCUGUUUCAAAGAUUGAUCGACAUCGAGGUGAUGCUAAAACCACAAGAAAAUGAAGAAAAAAAUCUUAAGUCGGCGCUUCUGAAACAUGUCGCACUCUGUGUUGAGAUGAAAAACAUUCAAAGCAAAAUAAACACCAUCAACAGGCAUGGGCCGUACUUCAUGAAGAAAGCACGAAGUGGCUUACGCGAGAUCUUGGAAGAGAGACUACGGGCUCUGAAUAAACAGUGGGACAAGCUUCAGGGUCACGCCACAGCGAGACAGAAAGAUUUAGAGCAACUUGUGCAAGACAAAACCGAUAACGAGUUGGUCGCUGGUGAAGACAGUUCUUUGAGUUCUCUUCGGAAUAAUACAGCAUUGCUUAGUUCGCUGUAUUUUAAUACCGAAAAUGAGAGUAUCAAGCGCCUGCUGAACAAACUCGGUUUAUUCUCUGGCCAAUGUGACGAGGAAGAUGACGAAUCACGCCGUCAUUUUGAUGACGAUUUCCUCGACUACCAAUCGGCCUUUCACGAUCUAUUUGAAUGGUUAACGGCCGUGGAAGAAGAAAUUGAAAGUGUUUCCACUUCGGAGGGUGAGGUGAAGGAAAUAAAACAGCGCGUAAAGUGUCUGCAGGAUUUAUACCUAAAGAUUCAGCACAAGAAGCCACAAGUGAACGAGUUGGUGAAAAGAUCUGAAAGAUUCGUCGAUUCGUCCAGCGAGGGCAAUGAAGAACACGUGACAGGAUUACGUAAUCUAUGGCGUGACGUUAUGCUCAAAGCCUGCUCGAAGUUACGAGAUUUACAGAACGUACUUCAUGUUGUGAUGAUGAAGGCAUUAAAUGUCAACAAUAAAGAAGACUUCUUAAAAACUCUCUCAGAAUGUCAGCGCGAUGUUAAAGAUUUGUUGCAAAGGUUGCAGGAGUGUUGCACAGGCGAUACAAGUGAUGAUCCCACAGUUGCAGCAGCCCAGUAUCAGGUGUUCGCCUCCGAAGCUGACAGGCUAACAAAACUGUUGGACGUCUUGCGAACGUCUUCACACGGUGAACAAAACACAACCGCUUUGAAAGAAAUUUCUGAUCAAAUGACAGUCGUGAAAACUCAACUAGAGUCAUGGUGGAAGAAUCUAAACGAAGCUGGAGCUUUGGAAACUAUUGUGGAAACCGACACAAGGAGGGAGGUCAACGUCUCAGAAUCAAUCCCAGAAGAGCUGAGAUCACCUCGAAGCAGACCCAAGACUUGGCCUGACCACAGCACCUUGCUAACGCAGGUUCUGGAAGAGGUGAAGAAGUUCGAGGAUUGGUUGAGAACCGCUGAGGAAAACCUCCAGAUUUUCAUCGGAAUCGCUAUUCCACAAACUCUGAACGAAAUGAAAUCAAAACUGAAAGAAGUUCAACUUGCAGCGAGAAACAUCAACAACAAGAUCACGGAAAUGGAGUACACUCUCGACAGCCUAAACACUUUGAAAGAUGAGUCAGGAUAUCCCGAACUCUGUGAGAAAUGUCAAUCCUGUUUAACACUCGCGAAGGAACUGAAGACUCGCUCAGAUACACGAACUGACGAAUUGAAAGAGAUUCGCUACAAAUGGGAGCUGUUUGAAAGCCGCUUUGCGGAGAUGCUUCAUUGGCUGGAAAAAACUCGAAGUAAUCUUAUUCUACCUUUGAAAGAAAGAGACGAGGAUAGCGUCGAAUUUGUUUUAGGGAAAUUACUAAAAGUUCGCGAAAUAGAAAAGAAAUUAUCGGAAAAGGUUACGGUGAAAGACGACGUUCUACGACAGGGGGAACACGUCCACGCGAGGACCGAGGCCGCUGGAGUGAACGUGAAAAUUGAACAGUUGAGGGAGGAGUGGACCGGGAUUGAAAGUGAUCUCGGUAGAGAACGUGGAAGGCUUGAGAAAGUCAUGAGACUGUGGAAAGAUUACGAUAGAAAACAAGAAGAAAUGUACGAUUGGCUGACCGGCAUAUUGUCUUCGUUGCGUGACCUGGAACAUCGUGAUAGGAGCAUUGAGGUUGUCAAGAGACAAAUCGCGUUGAUCCAGAAACAUCACGAUGAAAUCGACAACCACAUCACUCUCAAAGAGUCAGUCGACCUCUCGUUUCAUUUUCUCGUAGACAACAUUCAAGGUGAUGUCGAACGUCUUCAAGAGAAACAGCAAAAGUUAAACUCUCAUUGGCAAGAGCUUCAAUCGUUGGUCUCGGACCGUUUCGAUGAACUGGUCGCGGUGGAGUGGACACUAGAGGUGGCAGACAUGACUGCUAACGUCGAUGAGUUGAACGUGUGUGUGGAAAACGCCAGGAGAUUGGUGCUUGCGAGAGUUCCACAGAUAGGUAGCUCGUCUUUGGAGGAAAUCAAAUCAUUGGUGGCUAGUUAUCAGAAUGCUAAACGAGAAUUGCGCUCCAAACAAGAAAUCGUCGAUGGAUUGAGGCGAAAAUCACGAGACGAAAACAUGAAGGAUGAGAAGUGUACCUCUUUAAGACAGUCGAUCGCGCAGCUCGACGAAGACUGGAAGAGUGUGACGUCAUUGCUUAACGAAAAAGAGGAGGCCGUUAAGAUCUCGUUAAAUAAAUGGAUGGAUUUCCAACGGCAGCUGACUCAUUUGGUUGACACGGAUUCGUGGUUCGCAACAAGGGAGGCAGCCAUGUCAAAAUACCAACAUAUUUCUACUGAAAAAGAUAGGAAUAUCGCGUUAGAGGAUGUUAAGGCUAUGAAAGGUUUCCUUGUGACCCAGAAAAUAUCAGUCACAGAAUUCGUUAAAUCUGCUCGAGGCCUUCUGAACGAGGGCCUCUAUGACUCCGAGGAGAUAGAAGGGAUCUUAGGAGACAUCGAGGAACGCUGGGUGGAUAUAAAUACAAAAGUCAAUGACUGCGAGGAGUGGUUAUCUGAAAUGACAACCAAACAUAAAUCCUGUCGAGACUCUAUUGGUUCGAUUAUGAGCUUCCUGGACGAUGGUGAGAUGAUCUUGGAGUCGUUGGCUACAUUUGAUGGUGAUCUUGACAGCUUGCUAUCACAGAAGACAAGACUCUGUAAUCUUGAGAACGAGUUGAAUGAUCUUCGUCCGACUGUUUACAAUCUAAACAGUAUCCUGGUUGAACUAAACAACGUCUGUGAUGAGAGUGUCUUGUAUGAACUGGACAAAGAUAUUCGCGAACUGAACCUGAGGUAUGGCAGCGUUGCGGAAAAGAUUAAGAAUCAUAAAAUCCAAACGGAACAGAUGAUCUCCGCUUGUCAGGAGUUCGAUAAAGACUGCGCCGAGGUUUUGGCAUGGCUUGAAUACCAGGACAAUGUAUUGCAUCAAGAUUUGGAACCCGAAGAGCAAAUAUUGGCUUCUGAACUUGCCCAGUUGAAGGAUUGUGAGCAACUUCAAGAAGCGUUGAACAGACAACGAGAGUUCUUUGAGACUGUACGAAAUCGUGGCCAGGAAUUGAAAUCAAGAAUGAAACAAGGAAAUCUGCAUGUUUCUCCAAAACUAACAAAACUCACGAGAACUUUCAGUGAUUUUGCCAACGCUUUAAACCAGAAACAAGAAAGGUUGAAAGUGAAAACCAACUCAUGGCGGGAAUUCUGCGCUAAAUUUCAAACCCUGGAUGAACGUGUUAAAGAGAGUGAGAAACAGGCUUAUACGACUCGAUAUUGCGAUACGAAAGAACAUUAUAGAUUACUGCAGCGACUAAUUCGUGAGGCAAUCCAAAUGCGCCCGGAACUGGAGGAAUUGAUAGAAUUUACUGAAGAACACUUCCGGGACAAGGAGUCUGAACAAGGGAAGAGUGCCCGAAACGAAGUGGAAGAAUUACGCCAAAGAUUAGAAAUUCUCACAGCCGAGUUGGAUUCCAAGAAAACAGAAGUUGAAACGGUUCAGAAACUGCAAGCGAAAUUCCAAGAACAAUGUCGACAUUUGAAUGCUGUGUUGCAAGAUACUGAAGCGAAGUUGAGGAACGAAGAUGAUGUCGAACAUUUGCAUGAGCAGGAACAGUCGUUUGAGUUCUUUCAGAGCAACAGCGAAAGAUACCAGGAGGAGUUGUUGUGUGCUCAGCGUCUGGCCGAAACUCUGGAUCAAAACAAGAACGUGGAUGCAAGCACUCGCGCUGAGGUUGAAGGCAAGUUUAACGAUUUAAAAGUGAGAUGGGAGAACACAUCCUGUGCUGUUAGGAAACACAAGGAGACUUUGGAUUAUCGUCUCGUGAAGUGGCGAGAUUUCAAGCGGAAACACAAGGCAUUUGUGAGUUGGUUGACUGAGUUUGAGUCCCGACCAGGGCUUCAACCUGUCGCCUCGUCGGAUAUCACUGAAUUGGAGAGUCAAGUUGAAUAUGUUGAGGCCUGUCGCAAAGAACUAGACGCUCAUCAAAGCGAAUUUGAUCUUCUUCACACUACAACUGAACAAUGCUUCACCAGGUCCAACGACACGGUAAACGACGCGGUUGAAAAGGAAUACCACAACGUCGAACAACGUUGGGUUCGAGUCUCCGAGUGCGUCGCAUCGAAUCAACGUACUCUGGAACUAACCCUGGGUGAUUGGCAGGAGUACACCACCGUUAUGGAAGAUACUAUGCGUUGGUUAAGACAAACAGAGCUUUAUUUAAAAACGUGUAGUGCAGUGACUUUAUCUGAUGUGGAGAAAUAUUAUGAAAGACUUAAGGAACUAAGCACUGAAGUUGAAGAACGCCGACCGCACUUGGAACUUUUGACUCAGCGAGGAAAACGUUUAUCGCGCAUGUCCUCGUACGCUAACGCUGACCACAUCAAUAACCAGGUUUCUGUCAUGGGUACGCUAUGGACAAACGUAUGCACCUGCCUCUCGACUAAAAUGCACCGCACGAUUGAUUCUCUACAUUACUUACGAAGGUUUAUGGACAAUUUCGAAAGCUUGUCCGCUUGGCUUCAUCGCCUCGAGGGGAUACUUCGCCGUGAUUGGAAACACUUUUAUUCUUGUAGUCCAGAGGAACAAAGAUCUAAGAUUAAGGCAUACCGUAAAGAAAUCGAGAGCCACGAAGCUCAACGAACGUCAGUCAACGAUUCGACCUUGCAGCUCAUCGACAAAGAGCUUGGAAACGAGCUAUUACGUCAUAUCAUGCAGCAACGUGAUACGCUCAACGAACGCUGGGAAGCGUUGUGCAUACAGUUGGGCAUUUCGUACAAAAAGGCCGAGCAGACGAAGUAUUCUCUGAAGUUGCUGGAAGCACAACUUACACAGCUCAAUAAAUGGAUGUCCAGUGUCGAACGACAGAUCACGGAGAUCAGUGGGGAAGUGUCAUGUGAUAUAGACGAGCUGAAUCAGCAACUUGUUGAUCUGCAGAUAAGUCAAAGAGAAAUCAAUGCGAGAUCACCAGAUGUCAUUUCAGUAUUAAGUCUGUGUGUGAGGUUGCAAAGUUGUGCUUUCCCGGACGAUGGCGACGCAGGAGAUUUGCAGAUCGCCCGAGACAGUUUUGAAUCGCGUUGGAAAAAGAUUUCAAGAAACGUGGGUCAGUUGUUGAAGCAAAAUCAGGACCGUAUCGCUUUGUGUAAGGAGUUCAGAGAUGAUUACAAACAGUUUAUAACGUGGUUACGAACGUUUGAAAACCUGGUUACGAUACCUUCCGGAAGCUGUGAGGAUCUGCAUGAGUUAAGCUUAGAGAUUUCCAGACUUCAGGAUUUGAAGAGACAAGUUGGAGCAAAAGGGGUCCUCGUGGAACGCCUGUUGACACGAGGGAACUGCUUGGUAAACAACUCAUCAUCCAGCUCGGCUCAGUUGAUCAGACAAAUGAUUGGGAAGACACAAGAACGCUGGUACGACAUCACACAAACACUGGACGACUCCAUCGCAAAGUUUCAUCUUUUGUCGAAAGAUUUUGUGGAAUUUGAAGAGGAACGUCGCAAUGUGAAUGCGUGGCUGACAGAUAUAGAAGUUCGUUUGAUUGGCUUGGAACAAGUCGGAAACGAAGGGCAGAAUGAAGAACAACGCUUGCAGGAGUUAAAAACGUUACAACAUCACAUCAAUAUGAAAUACGGCUCUCUGAGUGAACUCACUUCACAAGUCACAAAGCUCAAGGGUUGCUGUUCAAUCUCAGACUACCGUCUGCAGCAACAAAAAGUCGAGGAGUUGAAAUUACGAUAUGAACAGGCACUUCAUUACUCGCUGACGCUUAUGCUUGAUCUGGCUGUCCCUAGUCCAUUCUCCCCAGAACGCGUAUCGACAAGGCUUCCCGUCGUAACGCCAUAAUCAAGACAGCAAUAUCACCCUUGUACAAACACUGGCUUGAAUAGCCUAAAUUCAGCCCUUGCUCUUUGCAAUGGCAUUGAUCCAUGGUGGUAGCUACUGCUACUCUAGAGGUGGUUAUCGCUCACUCAUCAACAAUUUUGGCCAUGUUCCAUUCACAAACACCCGCAGUCAUAUCCUGUAUUUAUUGAGAAAAAAAGCUAAGGAAUUGUUAUGAAAUAGGAAUUAAAACUAUUUGGAACAAUUAAGCUCUUAAAAGCCCGUAUGGGCAGGGUUAGAAAAGAAAGCUUGCAUUGAUAGUUUUGUACAUGUUCAGCCUUUCAAAUUUUUAUUCAAACUUUGUAAAUAUACAUGUAGAUAGAAAAUCGCGAAUUUAGAAAACUGUAUGUAAGUAGUUAGAUAUAAA